GAGGCCCAGCUUCGUGAUGCAACUAUAAUGGAGAGACAGAAGAGAAAACAAGAAAUAGAGAAGGGACUUCAAUUCAUUCAGUCCACAUUACCCCUAAGCCAAGAAGAUUAUGAGGCCUUUUUGCAGAAGCUGGUACGAAACCUGUUUGCGGAGGGCAAUGAUUUGUUCCGAGAGAAGGAUUUCAAGCUUUCGCUGGUACAGUAUGUAGAAGGGCUGAAUGUGGCGGAUUAUGCAGCCUCCGAUGAGGUGACCAUCCCAAAGGAACUCCUGUGCAAGCUGCAUGUCAAUCGAGCUGCCUGCUAUUUCGCCAUGGGUUUGUACGAAAAGGCGCUGGAAGACAGCGAGAAGGCUUUGGGUCUAGACAAGGAGAACAUCCGAGCGCUCUUCCGGAAAGCCCGCUCCUUAAAUGAACUGGGAAGACACAAAGAAGCAUAUGAGUGUAAUAGCCGAUGUUUGCUGUCCCUCCCACACGAUGAAAGUGUCACACAGCUGGGACAGGAGCUUGCCCAGAAGCUGGGACUGAGAGUUCGAAAAGCAUACAAGAGGCCUCAGCAGGAAUUGGAAACAUUCUCGUUACUCAGUAAUGGCACGUCAGUCAAUUUAUCAAAUCAGACCGCUUCCAAUGGAUUGAGUUCGAUAGAUGACAUUGAAACAGACUGCUCUAUGGACCUGCAGUGCCUCCCGGCUCCCAUGGCCACCUCCAUCCCCGUGAGCGAAGGGUUGGCCCCUUUGCCCUCCGACUCUGAUGUGAAGGGCCUGCCUACCUCACUCCCUGCUGCCAGCUUGCUCCCGUCUUCAGACUGUGUGUCCCUGCCAGUGCCUGAAAGCGUGGAGGACUUCACAGAUGGUGACAUCAUUGGGGAAGAACUGGACUCCCUCCUUGACUCCCUUGCUGAGGGCUCACAGUACCCUCUAUCUCUGGUUCAGGGCACCAUUCCCACCAACCUGCCAACAGAGAUGCCCCAGCUGAUCCCUGUUUUUCCGGGAGGAACCCCACUGCUGCCCCCAGUCGUGACAGCCAGCAUCCCCGUCUCCACGCCGCUGCCACCUGCCUCCUUCGGCCUCGUGAUGGAUCCCACCAAGCAGCUCUCCUCCUCCUCUGUCCUGGAUGCCUUCGAGCCCCCACCAGGAGGAAGUGGCGGCUCCACCUUAGAUUCUCUGGAUUCCCUGGACCUGCUCCCCUACACAGACUCACGGCUCGAUGCCCUGGACUCCUUUGGAACUAGAGGGUCACUGGAUGCCUUGGAUUCCUUUGCCAUUGAAGAAACCAGCCCUCAGGAACUGCGACACCCACCUGGCAGCCAAAAACCAUCCCCCGUGGUGAGUGAGCCGCUCCCCCAUGCUGAUGUCCCAAGGUGCCCUGGAGCCAAGGUCAGCCUAGGUGGAGUGAAUCACUCGGCUGUGCCUAAAGUCACCGAGCACCUGCUGUCCCAGCCAGAACCAGUAAUGCCCAACACAGCCCUGCUGGUGAAGAACCCCUUGGCAUCCACUCACGUCUUCAAACAAGCCUGUCAUAUCUGCUACCCCAAAACAGGGCCCAAGGCUGGUGAUUACACCUACCGGGAAGGCUUGGAGCACAAGUGCAAACGGGACAUCCUGCUGGGCAGGCUGAAGAACUCCGAAGACAAGACCUGGAAGAGGAUCCGUCCUCGCCCCACCAAAACCAACUUUGUAGGAUCCUAUUACCUGUGCAAAGAUAUGCUUAACAAGCAGGACUGUAAGUACGGGGAUAACUGCACCUUCGCGUACCACCAGGAGGAGAUCGACGUGUGGACAGAGGAGAGGAAGGGGACCCUCAACCGUGACCUCCUCUUUGACCCGCUAGGUGGGAUCAAGCAGAGCAAUCUCACCAUUGCCAAGCUCCUGAAGGAACAUCAGGGCAUCUUCACCUUCCUCUGUGAGAUUUGCUUUGACAGCAAACCCCGGAUUAUCAGCAAAGGGACCAAGGACACACCAUCUGUCUGCUCCAACCUUUCUGCCAAACACAGUUUCCAUGACAACAAGUGUCUAGUCCAUAUUGUACGUUCCACCUCCCUGAAGUACUCCAAGAUCCGCCAGUUCCAGGAGCACUUCCAGUUUGAUGUGUGCCGACACGAGGUGCGUUACGGCUGCCUGCGGGAGGACAGUUGCCACUUUGCUCAUAGUUUCAUUGAGCUCAAGGUCUGGCUGCUGCAGCAAUAUUCAGGAAUGACCCAUGAAGAUAUCGUGCAGGAGUCUAAGAAGCAUUGGCAGCAGAUGGAGGCACAUGCUAGCAAACCAGCCAACAGCUUGGCUUCCACCCGGGCUCCCACAUCGAGCACCUUUGACCUCCAGAUGAAAUUUGUGUGUGGCCAGUGCUGGAGGAACGGGCAGCUGGUGGAGCCAGAUAAAGACCUCAAGUACUGUAGUGCCAAAGCCCGCCACUGCUGGACAAAGGAACGUCGUGUCCUGCUGGUGAUGUCCAAAGCAAAGAAGAAGUGGGUGUCUGUCCGACCACUGCCUUCCAUCCGCAACUUCCCACAGCAAUACGAUUUGUGUAUCCAUGCACAAAAUGGCAGGAAAUGCCAGUAUGUGGGUAACUGCUCCUUUGCCCACAGCCCUGAGGAGAGAGAGAUGUGGACCUUCAUGAAGGAAAAUAAAAUACUAGAUAUGCAGCAGACCUACGACAUGUGGCUAAAGAAGCACAAUCCUGGGAAGCCUGGAGAGGGGACACCACUCACGUCGCGAGAAGGGGAGAAACAAAUCCAGAUGCCCACAGACUAUGCUGACAUCAUGAUGGGCUACCACUGCUGGCUCUGCGGGAAGAACAGCAACAGCAAGAAGCAAUGGCAGCAGCACAUCCAGUCAGAGAAGCACAAGGAGAAGGUCUUCACCUCAGACAGUGACUCCAGCUGCUGGAGCUACCGCUUCCCCAUGGGCGAGUUCCAGCUCUGCGAAAGGUUUCAGAAGAGCAAGGCCUGCCCUGAAGGAGAAGAGUGUCGCUAUGCUCAUGGCCAGGACGAGCUGACGGAGUGGCUAGACCGGAGAGAGGUGCUGAAACAGAAACUGGCCAAAGCCCGCAAGGACAUGCUGCUGUGCCCCAGGGAUGACGACUUCGGGAAAUACAACUUCCUAUUGCGGGAUGGCGUAUAGUAAGGGUUGGGGGGAGCCUGUCAGCUAGAGAAACACGGGGCAGGUUUUCUGAGAGUGGCAGUAGCAGGGAGAGUGAGAUCCAUAUCUCGCAAAGAGAACUUUUUCUUUUCUUUCGUUUUAAGAUUACGAGACGAUGAUUUAUUAGUGGUGAAUGAAAUCGUGAAUUUGA